AGGAUUGCAUGAAAGCGGGUCAGUAACAUCUAAUGUUUUCUCUUUCAGAUUCAAAAAAUACUUUGAAGAGGAAUGUCCAAAAGGGCUUCAUUGAAAAUAUGGGAUUCUGGGUAAGAGACUUUUCAAGUGAUAACCAUGUAAAUGUCCCCUUGAAUAUUCCUGAUGGCAGAAGCUUACAGUUCUCUGCAAUCAUCAACAUCCAGCCUUAAAUCAUCACUCCAGGAAACUCCGCCCGGUAACCCUGACUUUGUUAACUUGGACGAUAAGUAUAGAUGUGUUGUGUGUACAGGAGUUGUACGGGAGGCUGUUCAGACGCCAUGCGGACAUAGAGCUUGUGAACAAUGCAUGUCUCAGUUACUGCAAGGGAAUCCAAAAAGGGUCAAGUGUCCCGCCGGAGAAGAUUCGUGUGUCUACUUAGAAUUAUGCCAGAUUCACAGAGACUCGGGGGCUAGGAGGGAGGUCCGCCUCCUGUCAGUGUUUUGUACAUUCAGAGCAAAGGGAUGUGAGAAAGCAUUACAAUGGAGGCAUCUACAGGACCACGAGGUAGUAUGUGGGUUCAGACCAAUCAAAUGUAAAUUUUCCACUGAAGGAUGUGACGUCAUUAUAAUUCAGAAAGAAAUCGAUACUCAUCAGGAGAACUGUCCUUAUCGACUUGAAGUUUGUUCAUUUUGCAUGCAAGAAAUUCAGCAUCAGUUCAUUCAGGAACAUCAGGAAAAGUUAUGUCCUCAGUAUGUAAUUCCAUGUCCGUAUAACUGUGGAAAAGAUCCAGCACCGAGAGUUCUGAUUGAAUACCAUUUUAUCAAUGAAUGUCAUCGGCGACCCCUUAAAUGUAAAUACCACAGUAUUGGAUGUGAAUUUACUGGAUCGAAACAGGAAGUAGAUAGGCAUAUAGAGACAGGGAUGGAUCGCCAUCUAGAGCUAUCUGUAAUCCAGAACACAGAAUCGGGAAUUGGUGGACUUCAUUUGAAAGAACAGUUGCAGGAAAUGGGAGGUAAAAUAAUUGACCUUCAACAUCUAAUCACAAGCAAUUCCAAGCUCUGUGAAGAGCUGAAGGAAGUGGUUGACGCAAUGAAAAAAGCGAUGAAAGAUGUUAAGCUUAAAGUUGUUGCCCAAACCGAAAGACUCAUAACAGUAGAGAGAAAGAUAGAAAAUCUUGCAGAGAAGGAUGUACAAGACAAAUUAUCAAGAGACAUGCUUAUGAUGAAAGCAACACAGAAUACGAUUGGUGAACGAGUCACCCAAUUAGAGAGAGCGGGACCCAUGGGCGGAUCAAACGAAAUGAAUGAAAUGUCACCAGAAUCAAUCCAGCAGCAUGAGCGACAGCUCGGACUAAUGGACCUUAGAAUGGCUGAACUAGACUUACGUUUCCAGGUCCUAGAGACUGCGAGCUAUAAUGGAACCCUGAUGUGGAAAAUUCGCGACUACAAACGAAGAAAGGAAGACGCCAAAUCAGGGAGAACGAUUUCUCUGUAUAGCCAACCUUUCUAUACAGGCAGAUUCGGAUAUAAAAUGUGUGCUCGGGUCUACUUGAAUGGAGAUGGGGUAGGAAAAGGCACUCACCUUUCUCUGUUUUUCGUUGUCCAGAGAGGAGAAUACGAUGCUUUGUUGCCGUGGCCUUUCAAGCAGAAGGUCACUUUGAUGCUUUUGGAUCAGGACAGUGGAACAAGACAUCUGGCAGAUUCCUUUAGACCAGACGUAUCAAGCUCCAGUUUUAAGCGUCCUACCACGGACAUGAAUGUUGCCUCUGGAUGCCCAUUAUUUGUUAGUCACUCGGUGCUUGAAACACCAACUUUCCUUCGAGAUGAUACGAUCUUCAUUAAGGUGAUGGUUGACAUAGAAGGUCUGAAGCAGCACUAAAUAUGCUGAAUGUUGUGCAAUUGCUUCCAGAUGAUUACCAUUUGCUCUAGAUACGGUAUAUUGAGUCAGUUGUUAAGGCAAAGUACCCGUAGGUCAUUUUACUAUAGCCACUGUAAUCUGUCGAUAAAAAAAUAUGGGGAUGAACAUCCUUAUAUUUUUUUUCAAAAAGUAAAUUUGUGGGUUGUUUUAGAUAAUGUAUGAGUUUUUCAUUUUGUAUCCUCUAUGUUGAAUUCUUGAUGUUUCUGCUACCAGUGUAAGCCUUCUCUUGACCAUGCCUCAACAUUGAAUAAGGGAUGUUUUUGCUAACAAAGUAAGCCAUUCUCUUGGCCAUGUUCUUUGUACACAGUAUUUGGGCUCACUUCGUCGAUCUUUAAGAAGACUGUUUCAUUGUGCAUAAUGUUCUUUUUUGCCUUCUAGAAAAAAUAGGUGAUGGAAUACCGAAAAAUUCAUUCUUGCUUUAGCCUUCGUGCUUUCUUGCUUUAGUCGUUUUAUUUGAUGUAUUAUAUAGUUGCAGAUGUUCCAAUACACUAUGUGUUGCAAAGGCUUUCUAUGUUCACGAUUACGUUUUGUGUA